AUGUCGCCACCACAAGGUGUUGCAUACCCACCACAAGGAAUGCCACCACAAGGACAGUAUCCACAACAAUAUCCACAACAAAUGCCAUAUCCAGGCCAACUUCCUCCACAAGGACAAUAUCCUCCAGGCCAAUAUCCACCACAGCAGCCUGUUCCAGGUCAAUACCCACCUCAGGGACAAUAUCCUCCACAAGGUCAGUAUCCACCAGGCCAAUAUCCACCACAGGGACAGUAUCCACCAGGUCAGUAUCCUGCUCAGGGUUUGACACACAAGGAUCAAAAGAAGUUAGAAAAGGAACAAAAGAAGGCUGAAAAGGAGUUCAAGAAAGAACAGAAGAAGGCCGAAAAAGAAGCUGAGAAGGCUUACAAGAAGGCUCAUAAGCAUUAG